AUGUCGUCCGGCCCUCUCGUCGAGUACAAUGGCACCAGCGGUGUCGCCUACACUGGCGGCGACUCGCUGACCGAGGAUCUCAACAUUUACUAUUCGAGCGGCGACUUUGCCUGGAUCCUCACUUCGUCCGCGCUUGUGCUUCUCAUGGUGCCCGGCGUUGGCUUCUUCUACAGUGGACUCGCCCGCCGCAAGUCGGCGCUGGCCCUCAUCUGGUUGUCGUUGAUGUCGAUAGCCGUCGUAGGAUUCCAAUGGUUCUUCUGGGGUUACUCCCUGACCUUCUCUCACACCGGAAGCGCCUACAUUGGUGAUCUCACCAACUUCGGCCUCAUGAAGGUGCUGGGUCAGCCCUCAGUCGGAAGCUCCAAGCUCCCGGACCUGCUAUUCUGCUUGUACCAGGGCAUGUUCGCUGCCAUCACCCCCGCCCUCGCCAUUGGAGCCGCUGCCGAUCGUGGCCGCAUGCUGCCCUGCCUUGUCUUCAUCUUCAUCUGGGCCACCAUCGUCUACGACCCGAUCGCUUACUGGACCUGGAACGGCAAUGGCUGGUCCUUUGUCAUGGGCGGUCUCGACUUCGCCGGAGGCACACCCGUGCACAUCUCCUCAGGUGCCGCAGCUCUCGCCUACUCGCUCAUGCUGGGCAAGCGCACUGGUUACAACAAGAACCACGGUCUGCCCUACCGCCCUCACAAUGUCACCCACGUCGUCUUGGGCACCGUUUUCCUGUGGGUCGGCUGGUUCGGCUUCAACGGUGGCUCUGCACUGGGCGCCAACCUGCGCGCUGUCAUGGCUUGCAUCGUCACUCACAUUUCCGCCUGUGUCGGUGGCUUCACCUGGUGCCUGCUCGACUACCGCCUGGAGCAGAAGUGGAGCACUGUCGGCUUCUGCAGCGGUGUUAUCGCAGGUCUCGUCGCUAUCACUCCUGCUUCUGGUUUCGUCCCCGCCUGGGCUGCUGUCAUCUUCGGUGUUGUCGGUGGCGUCGUGUGCAAUUUUGCUACCAAGUUGAAGUUCCUGAUUGGCAUCGACGAUGCUCUUGAUGUGUUCGCUGAGCACGCCGUCGGCGGUAUUGCCGGUAACCUCUUGACUGGUCUCUUUGCUGCUGAUUACAUUGCCCACCUUGACGGCUUCAGCGAGAUUCCAGGAGGCUGGUUGAACCACAACUACAUUCAGCUUGCUUAUCAGCUUGCCGACUCCGUUGCUGGAUUCAGCUACUCCUUUGGCAUGACCUGCAUUAUCCUCUUCCUCAUGAACCUCGUGCCCGGACUGAGCCUGCGUGCUUCUGCUGAGGAGGAGGAGAUGGGUCUUGAUGACGGCCAACUGGGCGAGUUCGCUUAUGACUACGUCGAGCUUUCACGUCACGUCAACGACAUCCUCCCUGGUGAGGAGCCAACCAGCAGCCAGGGCAGCGUCAAGGAGACCCCGGCCGCAAAGAACACGCCCCUCACCGAGGUCCCGGAAAAGACCGUCUAA